AUGAACAAAAACCAGACGAACCGGACGCGUCCCUGGCCUGGUUUCCCUACGUCGUCGAAGCUCACCAACUUCGGCGACGCCAACUGCAUGGAGCAGCUACUAGUCCACUGCGCCAACGCCAUCGAGACCAACGACGCUACCUUGGCUCAGCAGAUCCUGUGGGUUCUCAACAACAUUGCUCCUCCGGACGGCGACUCGAACCAGCGCCUCACCUGCGCUUUUCUUCGAGCUCUCAUCGCUCGUGCGGCUAGGAGCGGAAGUCUUAAGCUCCUAGCUGCAAUGAACGCCGCGCAAGCCAACCUUGCCAUUCACACUCAUAAAUUCUCCGUCAUCGAGCUUGCAGGGUUUAUUGACCUCACUCCUUGGCACAGGUUCGGCUUCACCGCCGCAAACGCCGCCAUUCUCGAAGCGGUGGAAGGUUUCUCUGUUAUCCACAUCGUUGACUUGAGUUUGACUCACUGCAUGCAAAUCCCAACUCUGGUUGAUGCCAUUGCUUCUCGUCAGGACGGGUUAACUACUCCUCCGCUGCUGAAGCUCACCGUGGCCGGAACAACGGAGGACGUGCCGCCGAUGCUGGAUCUUUCGUACGAGGAGCUCGGUUCGAAAUUGGUUAACUUCGCAAGAUCCAGGAACAUAAUCUUGGAGUUUAGGGUCAUCCCUUCGAGUUAUACAGAUGGAUUUGCAAACUUAAUCGAGCAGCUUCGUGUGCAGAACUUGGUGUACCCGGAGAGCGGACACGAGGCUCUAGUCAUAAACUGUCACAUGAUGCUCCACUACAUUCCAGAAGAGACGUUUCAGAAUUUCGAGCCUUGUUCUUCAUCCUCAACUUCCAUUACUACUUCAUCUACUUCACUGAGGUCCAUGUUUUUGAAAGCGGUUCGGGGUUUGGACCCAACAGUCGUUGUUUUGGUGGAUGAGGACGCCGACUUGACUUCAAACGACUUGGUGGGGAGGCUGAGGUCGGCUUUCAACUAUCUGUGGAUACCUUAUGAUACUGUUGACACGUUUCUGCCGAGGGGGAGCAAGCAGAGGCAGUGGUAUGAAGCCGAUGUGUGUUGGAAAAUAGAGAAUGUGAUUGCAUACGAGGGGUUUCAGAGGGUGGAGAGGCUCGAGCCGAAAUGCCGGUGGGUGCAGAGGAUGAGGAGCGCAGGGUUUAGAAGCGUUCCGUUUGGGGAGGAGGCGGUGAAUGAGGUGAAGGCUAUGCUGGAUGAGCACGCUGCAGGGUGGGGGAUGAAGAGGGAAGAAGAAGAUCUUGUGCUUACUUGGAAGGGACACAAUGUGGUUUUCGCCACAGCUUGGAUGCCUGCUUGA